UUGACGUUAGCUGGUGUGCAGGCAGAGGGAGGUUUCUGCAGAAGUCAGGGACUAACAUGGACAGUCAAGGGAGAAAAGUCGUUGUUUGUGACAAUGGAACAGGGUUUGUCAAGUGUGGCUAUGCAGGAUCAAACUUCCCUGAACACAUUUUUCCAGCACUGGUUGGUCGACCGAUCAUCCGCUCCACAGCCAAAGUUGGCAACAUUGAAAUUAAGGACCUGAUGGUGGGCGAUGAGGCGAGCGAGCUGCGCUCCAUGCUGGAGGUGAACUACCCCAUGGAGAACGGCAUCGUCAGGAACUGGGACGACAUGAAGCACCUGUGGGACUACACCUUCGGCCCCGAGAAACUCAACAUCAGCUCCCGGGACUGUAAGAUCCUCCUGACUGAGCCGCCCAUGAACCCCACCAAGAACAGAGAGAAGAUCAUAGAGGUGAUGUUUGAAACGUACCAGUUUUCAGGAGUUUAUAUCGCCAUCCAGGCCGUCCUCACUCUGUAUGCUCAAGGUCUCCUGACCGGCGUGGUGGUGGACUCUGGUGACGGCGUCACUCACAUCUGUCCGGUGUACGAAGGUUUCUCUCUGCCACAUCUGACCCGACGUCUGGACAUCGCAGGGAGGGACAUAACACGCUACCUCAUCAAGCUGCUGCUGCUGCGGGGUUACGCUUUCAACCAUUCAGCCGACUUUGAGACAGUGAGGAUGAUGAAGGAGAAGCUCUGCUACGUGGGUUACAACAUCGAACAGGAGCAGAAGCUGGCACUGGAGACGACGGUGCUGGUCGAGUCCUACACGCUCCCUGACGGUCGGGUGAUAAAGGUCGGGGGUGAGCGGUUUGAAGCCCCUGAGGCUCUGUUUCAGCCUCAUCUCAUCAAUGUAGAGGGAGUAGGUGUGGCCGAGCUGCUCUUCAACACCAUCCAGGCCGCAGAUAUCGACACCAGGGCUGAGUUCUACAAACACAUCGUCCUAUCCGGAGGCUCCACCAUGUACCCCGGCCUGCCGUCCCGCCUGGAGCGAGAGCUGAAGCAACUGUACCUGGAGAGAGUGCUGAAGGGAGACGUCGACAAGCUCUCUAAAUUCAAGAUCCGGAUAGAAGACCCCCCUCGGCGUAAACACAUGGUGUUCCUGGGUGGCGCCGUGCUGGCCGACAUCAUGAAGGACAAGGACAACUUCUGGAUGACGCGGGAGGAGUACCAGGAGAAAGGGACACGGGUGCUGGAGAAGCUGGGAGUCACCGUCAGAUAAAACACAGACAGACAGACAAAAACACUUCCUGAUUCCUCCUACAGUCCCUCCAUCCACCCCGCCGGCUGCAUCGCUCUGCCUGACAUUUACGGAUGGAUGUCGCCAGUUUGCUUUAAAAAGAGGGAAGGAUGCAAGGAGGAAGGGAAGGAACGAAGGAUAAAGGAUGUGAAGGUUGGGUAAGACGUCUCAUAGCGAGGGCUGUGGGGUUUUAAAUGGUUGCACCCAAACACGUGAAGAAAAUCUCUUUGGUAUUUCUAUUAAUGCUAAAGAAUGAAGUGUUGAAAUUUAAAGAAACAGUACAAAAUUUUAAGAAAAUUUUGGAUAUAAAGAUAAAAAUGACAUGACUCUUUUUUUAAAGACCAUUCAUCACAAAGCAGGAUGGUUAGCUUAGCAUAAAGACGGCAUUAUUUUCUAAAUCCUUUACUGUGUUUUCUUUUCUGCAGCCCCAAAACUCUGAUGUACUGUCUAGACUAGAGUGAGAGGACCUCUAGACAUAAAAACGCCAAGAUAACUUCAAGAUACUCUAUUUUAGAUCAUUUAUGCCCUUUUGGCCCUCUCCAUAUGUGGUGCUGGCUCAACUCGGUUCUAUUUUACUUGGUUUUGUUAGCAGGUAUAUGACCCCAGUAUAUGAGCUGCAGUCUGUUUGAAAUCUCCCAGAGGAGAGGAGGUUUAACCGUCCUCCUGCAUUCCACAGUGUGGAGUUUCUGUGCAGCCGUCUUGUUCUUUUAAUGCCAUAUGCUUUUGCCGUGUGGAGUUUGUGCAUCUAUUAGCUUUAAUACGGUAGUUGAGAACUGGAAUACUUCCACCCGUGUCCACAGAAACUUGCACUGAAAAGUACAGGAGAGUUCAUACAGCAGUUUGAAGCAGAGGAAAGGGGUUUGACCCCCACGUCAGACAUCCGCUUGUGAUGCUCCUAGUCACGGACAAAUCGGCGGAUCGCAGGGUCACGUUUUUGUAUCACAGCUUGAAAUCCCUCUGGAGUUGAGACCAUAAAAAUGACCAGGUACGAGGUGAUCAUAUCCCUCGAUUUAGCCGAGACAGUCCUGUUUUCAGGCUUUGUGUCCUGACAAAAAUCAAUAAACAGCAAUAUGUCCCAUUUUUGAAGAACCCUGCCCUGAUUUUAGCCGAUGAGAAUAGGGAAAUACCAACAGCACUGUAUGCGGUGCAGUUGUUAGUCGAUGACGUUAAAUAGCUGUGCUUCAGAAAGUGCUGAUUUGUUCAAGAGUUGGCUGUUGUGUCUAAAUCAAAGAUUGGCAAACGGGGUUAAAAAAAUGCAAAAAGCAGGAUAAAAGUUUCAAAAAGGGGAGAAAAAUGGCAAAAUGGGUUAAAAGUUGCAAAGAAAUGAACUACAGGUGGCAAAAACAUUGCAAAAAAUGAGUGAAAAGUGACUAAAAUGGGCAAAAAUCAGAAGAAAAGUGACAAAAACAAGGCAAAAAUGGGCUGUAAGCAGCCAACACUGGGAGAAGAGUAGCAAAAAUGGGAGAAGAAGUGGCAAAGAAAUGAGUUACAUGUGACAAAAAUGGUCCAAAAGCGGCUCAAACUUGGAGAUAAAUGAGUGAAAAGUGACUAAAAUGGGCAAAGAUCAGAAGAAAAGUGACAAAAACAAGGCAAAAUGGGCUUCAAGUGGCCAACACUUAGAGAAAAGUCGCAAAGAAAUGAGUUACAGGUUGCAAAAAUGGUCCAAAAGCAGCUCAAACAUGUUUAGUAAGGAGCACACAAAGCCUCACGCCUCCCUGAGAUCUUUGGGGCCCCUUAGGGGGUCCCAGACCCCAGGUUAUUAUAGUUAACUAAAACUAAAUUAAAACUAAGCUUUACCAAAAAAAAACGAAAACUAACUAAAAUAAAAUAAAAAUGGAGACAAAAUAUCCGUAGUUUUA